AUGACCGCCUGGCGCGCCAUGCACUGCCUCCUGCCCUCCUCGGGUCCUCCUCGCGGCCGCCUUGCAUCCGGCGGCGUCGGAGGCAGCGGCGGCUCGUGCCCUGGGCAGCGGCAUUACGCAAGCGGCGUGCCCGACGGCGGCCGUGUAAUGUGGCAGCGGCCGUCGGAAGGUGUGGGUCGCGAGGACUACCUGGGUGGGGGGGCGUCCUCCAGCCCCUCCGACUCCUCCUCCCCGCCCACGCCCUCGGACACGCCCACCCCCGCCGCCGCAGGAGCCUCCGGAGGACCUGCGGGCGUCCCCUCGGUCUCGUCGGCGCCUUCGUCUGCCGCCCACGCCGCCGCCGCCGCGAUGGUCACCCAGGCGCUCCCCGUUCAGCUCCCGCCCGGCCUCGUGCUCGCGCCCUCCGUGCCAGGCCUAAAAACUGUGACUGUUACAACUUCACAACACCAACAACAGCAGCAGAAUGUGCAACAGCAACAACACCAGCAGCAACAACAACAGCAACAGCAACGCACCACAAGGACUACAACUGUUCAAGCAGGAGGCAGCAUGGUGGUGGGCGGGACAGGCGGCUCUGUGAUGUACGCGGCCGGCGGGGGCGUGGUGUACGCGACGCCCCACGGGUCGCUGCAGGAUGGUGGUGCCCCUGUGCUGCUCAACCUGCCCCAUGGCCUGCAGGUCACGCAUGACCAGAACGUCAGCGCCACCGGCCAGCUCGUCACGCUCCCGAUGGCGCUGACUUCCGCAGCACUGCAGCAGUCGGCAGCAGCAGUUGUCUCAGCAGCCUCAGCAGCAGCAGCAGCCGCGGCGGUGAACAGCAGGAGCAGUAACAACAGCAGCGGCAGCAGUAGCAGCAGCAGCAAUAGCCAGGCCCUCCCGACGGACCUCUCGAUGCACAUCAAGCGCGAGAAGAGGCCGUAGGAGCCCCGUCGGGAAGCUCAAACCUGUGUGCCUUCAAGAGCGAUUCUCACCCCCCCCCCCCCCCUCGGGCGGCGUGGGAGAGGGCCUUGCACCCGCUCCCCGCCCGCCCGCCCGCCCACGCUUCUCUUCUCCCCUCGGGCGCGGGAGCUCCCGCCCGAGCGUUUUGUGGCAGUCCCUCUCUUGGCCUAUUUCAAACGGGUUUUGAAAUAGGGAAGUUAUUAGUUAUUUGUACAUCUUAGGUGUAUAGUAGUAUCACGUGUGAUUUUUUGAAAAUCAUUUGACCUAAAUCAAAUUAUGGAUUAUAAAAGAUUGAUCGUACACGUCAGUGUAUGUUUGUUCAUUCACACACGAAAACACACACACACACACACACACACACACACACACACACACACACACACACACACACACACACA